UCAGUCUUUCCCUUUUUUCCUUAAAAAACUCCAGCCCCUGGACACAGAUCAGGAUGAACAGAGCACAACUGGAUGUCUUGGGCAGCUGAUGUGAGAAGGCUAGCCAACCCAAGUCUUCUCUUCCCCUUCUAGAAUUCUGGAGGCUGGAAAACCAGCCAUUGAUCAUUGAUCCCAAGCUGGUGUCAUGAAACACCUAGUCAAAUGUUUUGGGGGUCUGCAGUCUCCUUGGGUGGUACUUCAACAAACAAAGAGAUAUGUGGCUUCUUUGAUCCCAUCACAUUAUGAAGCUAUCAAUCUGGGCAAACAGGAAGUGCCUGAGUUCUUCAACUUUGCAAAAGAUGUGGUGGACCAGUGGACCCAAGAGGAGAAGGAUGGAAAGAGAUCUCACAACCCAGCUUUCUGGUGGGUCAACAGUCAGAGCAAAGAGGUGAAGUGGAGCUUUGAGGAGCUGGCUUUCUUGUCCCGAAAAGCUGCCAAUGUCCUCUCUGGUCCCUGUGGCUUGCAAAGAGGUGACAGGAUCAUGGCAGUUUUGCCCCGUAUUCCAGAGUGGUGGUUACUAAUUCUGGCUUGCAUACGAACAGGGGUUAUUUUUAUUCCUGGAACAUCCCAGUUAACAACUAAAGACAUUGCCUAUAGGAUGGAAGCUUCCAAAGCCAAAUGCCUGGUUAUGACUGAUACAUCAGCUGCUGGAGUGGAUUCAAUCAUAUCGGAAUGCAGAUUUCUGAAAACCAAGCUCAUUGUGUCCGAUAGAGGCAGAGAUGGCUGGCUGAACUUCAGUGACUUAUUCCAAGCAGCCUCUGGGGACCAUGACUGUGUCAGGACAAGAAGUGAAGAGCCAAUGCUGAUCUACUUUACAAGUGGAAGCACUGGGUCACCCAAAAUGGUGGAGCAAUCCUACUCCAGUUAUGGCAUUGGAUUUACAUCCAGUGGCAGGCACUGGAUGGAUCUGUCUCCUUCAGCUGUGUUCUGGAAUACAUCAGAUCCAGGAUGGGUAAAGACUGCCUGGAGCAACUUAUUUGCCCCCUGGAUUCAUGGGUCAUGUGUCUUUGUACACCAUCUGCCACAGUUUGAACCUACGGUCAUAUUAAAUACUCUGGUAAAGUAUCCAAUCACCACUUUCUGCACAGCUCCUACUGCAUAUAGGAUGUUGGUUCAGCACAAUGCCACCAGCUAUAAAUUCAGAAGCUUGAAGCACUGUUUGACUGGAGGAGAACCACUCAAUCCUGAAGUGUUUGAGCUGUGGAAAAGUCAGACUGGGUUGGAUCUCCAUGAAGCAUAUGGACAAACUGAAACGGUAACAAUCUGUGCUAAUGCCAAAGGAAUGAAAAUUAAGCCAGGCUCAAUGGGGAAAGCAUCGCCACCCUACGAUGUCCAGAUUGUUGAUGAGCAAGGAAAUAUUCAGCCACCAGGGAAAGAAGGGGAUGUCGCUAUCAGAAUCAAACCCAAGCGGCCGUUCUGUCUUUUCUUGAAGUACGCAGAUACCCCUGAGAAAACUGCAGUCACUGAACGUGGGGAUUUUUAUAUCACUGGCGACCGAGCGGUAAAAGAUGAAGAAGGCUAUUUUUGGUUUGUUGGGCGGGCAGAUGAUGUCAUCAACUCUUCCGGAUAUCGCAUCGGCCCUUUCGAAGUGGAGAGCGCUUUGAUUGAACACCCAGCAGUAGUCGAAUCAGCUGUUGUCAGCAGCCCAGAUCCUAUCAGAGGAGAGGUGGUGAAAGCAUUUAUCGUCUUGUCUCCUGCUUUUUCAUCCCGCAAUCCAGAGGAGUUAAUCCGAGAACUCCAGGAUCACGUGAAAAAAUCUACAGCUCCCUACAAAUAUCCCAGGAAGAUUGAGUUUGUUCAAGGACUUCCGAAAACAGCAGCUGGAAAAAUUCAAAGGAGUAUCUUGCGGAAACGAGAAUGGGAGGAAGUCAAGCAUCAGCUGGAGCUUUGCAAAUAAAACCUAUUCCCAUCA